UUAUUUUUCGUUAACCGCUUUCCAGGUGUUCGUUCUCGUGCUUAUUCUGUCUUCGCGCCGAUGCUUGUGAAAAAUUGAGUCAUGAAUGUGGGAGAACUGCUUGCUUACAAGCCGGAUGUUACUCCGAAGCACACGCCAGCGUCUAGGAGCCGCGAAAAUGAUCUCGAAGAGGAAUUCCGACAGAAAAAGCGAGCCAAGAUCCAGACUUCCGUUUUGAAACGUGAAGGAGGCAAAGACUACCAACCGGAGAUCGUUGAAGUACGGGAUGAAAGGUCUACGGAAGCCCAAGGAGCUUCGGACGCCGAAAAAUUGAUGGAAUUGCUGGAGAAAGAUGCACCUGAGGUAGAGCAGUUGGAUGACACCUCUCUGAAGCGUUUGAUCCUGACUUACGAGAAAAAGAGUUUGAAAAAUCAGGAAAUGCGCAUGAAGUUCCCAGAUAAUCCGGAAAAGUUCAUGGAGUCUGAAGUAGACCUCAACGAUGCUAUUCAAAGUCUUCAUAUUGUUGCCACUGCACCGGAACUGUAUCAUAUUCUUGUCGAAACGAAUGCAAUAACGUCCCUGGUCAGCUUGAUUCCCCACGAGAAUACCGACAUUUCAACAGCAGUCAUUAACUUGAUUCAGGAACUGACGGACGUGGAUACUCUCAACGAGAGCAAAGAGGGUGCUGACGUUUUAAUCGACGCCUUGUUGCGUCAGCAGAUAUGUGGUGUACUAGUCUCGAACCUCGAGAGGUUAGAUGAAAAUCUGAAGGAAGAAGCAGAUGGCGUUCAAAAUUCCCUGGCAACGAUUGAGCACUUGAUUGAUUUUCGAGGUGACGUAGUCAGCGAAGACGCUGUUUCUCAGGGCCUGAUGGUUUGGAUUCUGAAAAGACUAAAGGGAGCGAAAGGUUCUCCCGUUUUCGACGGUACCAAAUUGUAUUGUGCGGAAAUUCUCUCGAUUUUGUUGCAAUCGAGCAACAAGAACAGGAAAACUUUGGGCGACCUUGAUGGUAUUGACAUCCUCCUACAGCAGCUCGCUUAUUACAAGCGACAUGAUCCGUCGUCCGCUGAAGAAACUGAGAUGAUGGAAAAUCUGUUUGACUGUGUUUGUUCCUAUCUGAUGUUCUCGCCAAAUCGCGAUCGGUUCCUCCGUGCCGAGGGUCUUCAGCUGAUGAAUCUCAUGUUGCGCGAAAAGAAAUACAGUCGAAGUGGGGCUCUUCGGGUUCUUAGUCAUGCCUUGACCUCCGGGCCUGGGGACUCCCACGAGUUCGGCAGUGCGGCCGACAGUUGUGCCAAAUUUGUUGAAAUUCUCGGACUGAGGACUAUUUUUCCCCUCUUCAUGAAAACUCCGAAAAGUAAGCGAAGCGCGCCUGCAUCGCAACAUGAGGAACACAUCGUGUCCAUCGUUACUGCUCUGGCAAAGCAUUGUCGAGGAUCUCAACGUCAGCGUUUCUUGGCGAAGUUUGCGGAAAACGACUCAGAAAAAUUGGAGCGUCUGGCAGAGUUGCAUUUCAAGUACAUGGAAAAGGUCGGUCGAACGGACGUCCGAAUCGAGGGCGAAAGAAAGGGAAUCAUCGCUCGAGGAGAAGAACCCACUCCUGAAGAAGAUGACGAUUUUUAUCUGCAACGGCUUUCCGGUGGCCUUUUUAUGCUUCAGCAAAUCGAUUUGCUAAUGGUCGAAGUUUGUGCAGGUUGUCCUCCGCAGGUGAAGCAACGUUUGAUCGACUUGCUCAGCUUGCGUGGUGCAUCAGUCAAAGAAAUACGCAGCAUUCUCAGAGGUUCGGAGCGAUUCAUGAAAUUCCAAUUGAACAUCCACAGAAUCAUCGGGAUGCGGGUUAAUCAAAUUUAUGACAUUGACUGGAAAACGUACUUGAUUCGACUCCAGCGAACGGAAGAGAAAGCCGUUCUGUUGCUGGAAUCCGGGAACAGAAUUCAUUGCACCAACUACGAAUGGCCGAAACAACCAGCUCCGUCCAGCUUCGCUAUGAAAAUGCGGAAACACAUAAAAAACAAGCGGCUGGAAUCGUUGACUCAGCUGGGGGUCGAUAGAAUCGUUGAUCUCCAGUUCGGCUCUGGUGAGGCGAGUUAUCAUCUUAUCGUGGAACUCUACGACCGAGGAAACAUGAUCCUCACUGACCAUGAGUACGUGAUACUCAACCUUCUUCGACCUCGAACGGAUAACGAAGAACGACGGAUCGCCGUCGGAGAAAAAUAUCCUCACGAAAAUGCUCGCCUGGAUUAUCGAAUGCUCGACGCUACCUCUUGGGAAGAUGCCGUGUCAAAGGCGAAGCCCAACGAUAAUUUGAAAAAAUUGUUGAACCCGCGACUAGACUUCGGUCCUGCUUUGAUUGAGCAUUGUUUACUGGAAGCUGGUUUCCCGUCGAACGCUGCGAUUGGAAAGGGUUAUAUUCAUCCGGAAAAUGCCCAGCGAGUUUUAGAAGCCAUGAAAGCUGCCUUGGAGCUCUGUCGAGCAUCUUCUUUCAAUGGUUAUAUAAUACAAAAGAAAGAAACACGACUGAAACCUGACGCCUCGGGAGAAUCAGAAGAUUUUUUCACUUAUGCAGAGUACCACCCGCACAAAUAUAUUCAAUUCGACUCUGCUCCAUUCCUGGAAUUUCCUAAUUUUUCGGCCGCUGUGGACGAAUUUUAUUCCAAGCUCGAGAAUCAAAAACUUGACCUGAAAGUCGUCCAGCACGAAAAACUCGCCAUGAAGAAGUUGGAAAAUGUGUUGAAAGACAGAGAAAAUCGGCUCGCCGGACUUCAAGAAACGCAGGAAACGGACAAACGUCGCGGGGAAAUGAUUCAAUUCAACUUGGAUUUGGUGGAGAAAGCUUUGUUAGUUCUCAGGUCAGCGAUUGCGAAUCAGUUGAGUUGGUCCGAAAUUAGUCAAAUGGUGAAGGAUGCCCAGGAUAAAGGAGAUCCGAUUGCUGGUUCCAUUCGGCAACUGAAAUUGGAAAUAAAUCAUUUCACAAUGGCAUUGCGUGAUCCGUAUGAUAUUGCAACCCAAGAAGCGAAUAAGCCAAAAUUACCUAUCAAAGACGAAGAAAAUGAAGAGUUCCUCGAAAAUGAGAAAGAGGCUUCUCAAAGGGAUGAAGAUGAUAAUGCUGAAAAAUCAGAUACCGAGAAGCAACAGCCAGCUGAUUCCGUGUCCGAUAAAGCCACGAAAAAGAAAGGAAAAGUAAAACUGAAGCAGAAAUCGAAAGAAAAGGGCAAUAAGGACAAAAGCAAACAAUCAGACGGUGGUGCAAGUAAAGGUUCCAGCGAAGGUGCUGUUCUUGUGGACAUCGAUAUCAACCUUAGCGCAUAUGCAAAUGCUCGACGGUAUUAUGACCAAAAGCGUCAUGCGGCAAUGAAGGAGCAGAAAACGAUUGAGUCAACCGACAAAGCUUUUAAAUCUGCGCAAAGGAAAACCAAAGAAGCCUUGAAGGAAUCCCAGGCGAUUGCGUCAGUCAACAAAGCCAGGAAGCCAUUGUGGUUUGAAAAAUUUUAUUGGUUCAUCUCGUCUGAAAAUUACCUUGUUAUUGGAGGAAGAGAUCAACAGCAGAAUGAGCUCAUCGUGAAACGGUACCUUCGACAAAACGACAUAUAUGUACAUGCAGAUCUUCACGGUGCAUCAUCCGUUGUCAUUAAAAAUCCUAGCGAUGAUCCAGUGCCCCCGAAGACGCUCAAUGAAGCAGGAACAAUGGCCAUAUGUUACAGUUCUGCUUGGGAUGCAAAAGUGAUCACAAAUGCCUGGUGGGUGAAUGCGAAUCAAGUGACCAAAACUGCGCCGACUGGUGAAUAUCUCACAACUGGAAGUUUCAUGAUACGAGGAAAGAAAAACGUUCUUAUGCCGUCUCAUCUAAUUAUGGGCUUCGGAUUUCUGUUCAAACUUGAAGAAAGUUCUGUCUCCAGACACAAAGACGAACGCCGUGUUCGCACUGCGGACGAAGAAGCGGAAAGACUGGCUGAGUCCAUCGCAAUGGGAGUUGAUAUUGACGGCAAUACAGAUGAUGUGGACAUCCCAAUGGACGAUAUGGACGACGAUGAAGAAGGGAACGCUAAAGUCGAAGCACCUCCGGAAUCAUCUGGGGAAGAAAUUGCUCGUGGCGUCGAUAAAUUGGAAGCACUUAUUGCAGAAGCUGAAGUUGAAACUCAAACAGACGAUGUAGAUAAUUCUUCUUCAAAAGAAGAAGAAGAAGAUGGAGGCAUCGAGAAUGAGGAAAUUGAUGCUGCGAAGGUUAACGAAAAAUCGACAGUUCCUGUGGAAUUUCCCGAUACCAAAGUUCGCGUUGUUGGAAGCACGCUCGAAACUGAAGGUUUGCCCAUGGAUGCAGAAGCUCAGAACGAAGUGAAGAUUUUCCUGGGAGACGAUCAGCCAAUCAUACUGAAACCUUUACAGAAACAACCAAAGCAAAAACAAAAAGUGAAGACGGAAACGAAAGAAAUUAUCGAACCGAAGACGCAACCAAAUGCUGUUUGUGCCAUGACGACCUUGUAUCAUUCUCCGUGUUCAGAAAAGGAACAACCCAAGCAGUUGAAGCGGGGUCAGAAAUCCAAGCUUAAAAAGAUCAAAGAGAAAUACAAGGACCAAGACGAAGAGGAACGUCAGCUGCGUAUGGAAAUCCUGCAAAAGCAUAUUGGCGAAAAGGAACUAAACCCGAAAACAAAACGUGGCAAAAGAGCCAUAGCAGCGGAGAAACAAAAGGCCGAGGAUCAGAGGAAAGCGGAACGUGCAGCGCAACAAGCAGCGAAGCAGGAAGAAGCUCAGGAAAAGCGUAAGAAAAAAGCUGAGAAUGCUGAGGAAGAGCGAGACGAUGACGAUGAUGACGAGGAAGAAGAAAAACGAGACUAUGACUUGAAUGUGUUGAAUACGUUUACUGGUUGCCCAGUGACUGAAGACGAGCUGCUCUUUGCGCUUCCCAUGGUUGCUCCGUACGCCGUAUUUUCAAAUUACAAAUUCAAAUUGAAAAUGACUCCCGGUACUGCGAAGCGCGGAAAGGCGACCAAAACGGCACUCGGGAUCUUCCUUCACGACAAAGCCGCGUCGCAGCGAGAAAAAGACCUGUUGAAAUGCGUCAAAGACCACGACUUGACCCGAAAUUUCCCCGGAAAGGUUAAACUGUCUUCCACGUCUCAGCAACGGCGGAAAUGAUGAGAGGUCAACGCAAUAUCGAUCCCGAUUCCGCAUGUGGAAGCAUUUGUUUUUUGAAAUAUCGCAAUUGCUGUGUGGAAAGAUUUUUGCGAUUUGUCAAAUGCAAUUGUCGAAUGAUGAGCACUAUCCUAAGUUCUUGAAUGAGUCACAUGCCGUGUUGGCGUACUUACAGCUAAAGCUCGAACCCGUUCGAAAUGUAAACCCUGUCUUCUUUCUUUUCUUUCAGUGAAGGUACAUUUUGAAAAAAAAUAAUAAAUUGGACGAAGUAUUCAAAAUAAAAAUGAAAAUUUCAGCCGCGUUUAUUCCAACCUCAUGUCGUCGCCGAUCAUGUUUUAAAUUAAAGUAUCCUGUGAUAUCAGAAUUAUUUAUUUUCGAAAGACCGCUUUGAAUCCAUG